AUGCAAAAGACAUAUUAAAUAAAAUUAUGUAAAAAUUGUGGAUAUACCCAUGCAGGUAUAUGUGCAGCUAAUCCUACAGAUUUUAUAUGGAAAUAUGGAGGAAAUAAUGUUUUAUAACAGGAUCAUGGAAUAAAUGUUGAUGGAACAUGGUAAUACGACCCUAAUUAGCAUACUGUAUCUGAUGGUUAUAACUCCUUUAAUAAUAUAAUAGAAAUAAUUCCAAGAAAUGUUGUUCAUGAUGAUAGUGAUGAUAGUGAUGACGAUUAAUACAAUCAUCAAGAUUAAAAUUUAAGCCCAUAAAAGAAUUAAUAAAAUUAAUUAUACUUAAACUAGAAUAAAAAUUCAUAAAAUUUAAAACCUAAAAAUGUGAUAAUAUGGACUAGUAUUGAUAUAAAAGAUUUAAAGGUAAAAGGUUCUUGGGAUAAUUGGUAAGGAGAAGUUUCUAUGUUUCAAAAAUUUAAUGCAUAUAAAUAAGCGUAUGAUUCAGUAGCAAAAAUAUAAUUAUAUCCAGGUAGAUAUGAAUAUAAGUUUUACAAAGAUGGUGUCUAUACGUAUGACCAUAAUUAAAAAUUAACCCGGGAUGCUAAUUAUAAUUAUAAUAAUGUAAUUGAUAAUAAUAAUCACAUUUGUUUAGAUGAUACGAAAUUAGAAUGGAAAUACUAAGAAUUUUCGCACUAAUCUUGGGAAAAAAUGAGAGGUCAAAUAUCUGGGCAUUCCAUGAAUAGAAUAGGGGAUUAUGUUUAUAUUUGGGCAGGUUAUAGAGGUUAAUAUCUUGAUAAUUUAUGGAGAAUGAAUGUUAAUACAUAUGAUGCUGAUUUAAUUGAUAUGUAAUCAGGAACUAUUCCAGAUGAAAGAGCAUACCAUUAAACUGUAAAUUAUGGAUAAAAAAUUUUACUUUAUGGAGGUCUUAAUUCGGAAAAAAUACUAACUGAUUACUAUGUAUUCAAUACAUCGAAUUUAACAUGGGAUAGGGCUGAAUUAGGUGGUCAAAAACCUUCACCUAGAGAAAGAAAUUCAAUGUGUAUUUUAAAGAAAAAAGCUUUAAUUAUUUUCGGAGGUUACUAUUGUAGUGAAGAUUUUGAAGCUGAAUAUCAUUAUAAUGAUUUGUUUAGUUUAAAUUUAUAAAAUUUAAAAUGGAGUGAACUUAAAGUUUAAGACGAAUUACCAGAAUAAAGAUUUGCACAUACAGCUAAUAUUUAUAAACAUAAAAUGUAUAUUUUUGGAGGUUUAUAAAAGAAUAUGGCUAACCCAGCAAAAAAUUUUAAUGAUGUUUGGUUUAUUGAUCUUGAAGAAGAAAAUUAAUUAAAAUGGAGAAAUUUAACUCCUUAAUUGAAAGGUAUAGCUCCUAAACCUAGACAUGGUCAUAUAAGUGUCCUUGUAGGUAAACUAUUACUUUUUUUUGGAGGAAGAGGUAAUAAUAAAGUUUUGUUUAAUGAUACCUUUAUUUUAGAUAUAAGACUUAAAUAAUGGAUUUAACCUGAUAUUAAAGGUGAACCACCAAAACCAAGAUAUUAUCAUGCCGCUUGUUUACUAGAUAAGGAAAUUAUUAUUUUUGGAGGAAAUAUUUCUUUUGGAUAAAAAUAAAAAAGUAGGAAUGUUUAUAUUUUGAAAUUUGAAAAUAAAAUAAUUGAAAAUGAACAUUUUGAUAGUGAAUAAGAAGAACAAAAUAAUGAUUAAUGA